AAAGCACCAGACACCUGAGUAGGGGCCCAAGGAGCAGAAGCUAUCAAGCUCUGCCUGCUGUUUCUUGGGCUCCUGUCUUAGCUGUAGCCAUGUGCACCCUGUAUACUAACUCUGGGUGCAGGGACCUACCAGGGUACAGAGAAGAAGAGGAUGAUGAUGAUGAUUAUGAGAACACGGCACCACCCUACAAGGACCUUCCUCCCAAGCCAGUUUCAAUGGGUCCACCAAGGCCUCCAAGGGCAGAAAAUAAAAUGGAGAACACUCCAUUUCCCUGCAAGCUCCCAAAAAACACAGGCCUGAAUGUCACCCCUGUAACCUGUGUAUCUCCUCCACUGGGCAUUGAUCUGAACCAUCCUCCAUCCCAAACGUCUAGAGCAACGACUCCAGUGCCCUAUCUCAGAGAGAAGUCUGGAGGUCCUAUGUGCUACCAGGAGGGGAGACUGAUGGUAUACCUGUGUCUGCUGGUGGUGGUGUCACUGCUCUUAGGUUGCACUGGUCUGGCUGUGACUUUGAUUAAGUACCAGAAGAUGGUGGAAGAACUGAGGAUGUUAACCUCUCAGCAGAUGGCAUGGAGAGCAAAUGUGACUGCCAUGGCUGGGCUAGCUGUCCUGAAGAAGGACAUUGACCGUGUAAGAGCUGAUACAAACCAGUCCCUGCUGGAGCUUCGGGGCUUAUUAGACUGCACCAGGGUCACCUGCCCUGAGGGCUGGCUCCCUUUUCAGGGUAAGUGUUACUACUUCUCUCCAAACACCAAGUCAUGGGAUGAAGCCCGGCAGUUCUGCCAGGAGAAUUACUCUCACUUGGUCAUCAUCAGUAACUUUGCUGAGCAGAACUUUGUGGCCAAGGCUCAUGGCUCUCCUCGGGUCUACUGGCUGGGGCUGACUGACAAAAACCUCGAAGGAACCUGGAGGUGGCUGGAUGGGUCGCCUGUCACCUUGAGCUUCUGGGACCCAGAGGAACCCAACAACCUUCAUGAGGAGGACUGUGGCAGCAUGAACAGAGGUGGGACUUGGAAUGACCUCUCUUGCGACAAAACUACAUAUUGGAUUUGUGAACGGAAGUGUUCCUGUUGAACCUCAGAGCUGAGCUUGGGUGGAGGUCCAUACCUGGUGCCCCUCAGCUCUUUGACAUGAGAACCUCCUGACCUUCUGAGAACUGACAUGGACUACCCAAGAUGGAACCAGCGGCCUGGAUGUAGCAAGUUCCUAGGGAGCAAGUCAGAUCGUUUCUAGGUCAAGGACUUGGGGGCUUGUUCCGUUGCGUGGUGUCUUAGUCUGUUCGGGAUGCUGUAACAGAAUACCAUAGACUGGAUGGCUUAUAAAGAACAGGAACUUAUUUCUUAAAGUUGGGUAAGCCCAAGAUCAAGGCUCAGGGAGAUUCAGUGUUUAGUGAUGAUCCACUUCUUGGUUCACAGAUGCUGUCUUCUCCCUGUGUUCUCAUAUGCUGGAAGGGGCUGGGGCUCUCUGGGGUCCCUUUUAUAAAGACACUAAUCUCAUUCAUGAAGGCUCCACCCCUGUGACCUAAUAACCCCCAAAGACCCCACAUCCUCAUAACAUCACACUAGGGGUUGAGAUUUAACAUACGAAUUUUUGGGUGGGCGACAACACAAUUCAGUCCAUAGCAGAUGGUGAGCUAGAAGGAUACCAGGUUUUAGUGAUGGUUUCCCAUUUUGGGGCCUAGAGGAAAAGGCCCUGAUUAAGAUUCUUAUGAAAUGAUACUGGUCCUGGGAGCUCCAGGUCUAAUACUGAUUGAGAUGGAGCUGAAAAUACUCUGGCUUCUCUGGACUACCAUGAAUUGGGGCUGGGAUUCCUUAUGGCCUGAAUGAUGUGGACUAGCUUCUUGGAAGCAGGUGGGGCAAACUUUUUCUUGACAUGCACUUCCUCAGUGUCCCAGAUUUGGUUUGCCCAAGCUAGGCUGUAGAAUCAAUUUCUGCAAAUACUUGACCCUUGGAACUUCCAGGCAGCCUGACCAGGUGAAAGGCAAAACUCCCCAUGCAUUGUGCCCAGGCUAGGCCACGACUUGGUUAGAUCCUCAGGACAGCAAUGGAGAUAUCUACCAACAUGUGCCUUUAGGCUGUCUGUUGGUCUGUAAAACUCUUUAAUGAAGUAAUUCACUUUUCCUAGGAGUGGAUCUUCUUGGCCUAUUAGCUCUUGCAAUGUUAGACUAUCUCAAAAUGCCAGUUCAUUUUGUGGUCCUUGCCCACUGUGUUCGUUUGCCGGGGCUGCCAUUAAUAAAGUUCCACAGGCUGGCUUAAACAACA